AUGCGUAUGACGCGGACUGGAACCAGAUGUACCGCCAUCGACCCAGACAAUUGUCAGCAUCAGCCCACACGCUCUAUUUUUCAGGGGCUGUUUGUCGGCUCUCUCUCUCUUGCUGGUUUCUCUGGCUCUGUCCCUCUCUCUCUGGCUCUGUGUCUCUCUCCUCUCUGGCUCUGUCUCUGUCUCUGUCUCUCUCUCUCCUCUCUGGCUCUGUGUCUUUCUCUGUCUCUGUCUCUGUCUGUCUGUCUCUCUCUCUCUCUCUCUCUGUCUCUGUCUGUCUGUCUCUCUCUCUCUCUCUCUCUCUCUCUCUCUCUCUCUCUCUCUCUCUCUCUCUCUCUCUCUCUCUCCGUCUCUGAUCCUUUUGUCUGGGUGGUGAAUAAGUGGGCGGGCCUGGUGACACAGGGUGAAAAGGAUGGUCAAUCUCUAGCUGCAUACCUCAAGUAUAUGCGAAUGCGUCACGAUGAUGACAUGCGCUUGCUCACCCGUCCACUCAGCCUCGUUCAUCGACUCGAUCGUAACACCACCGGCGUUUCCUUCAUCGCUCGGAACCCCGUCGUCCACGCUCUUCUACAAGAUGUACUGGCCACCCAUCAGGCACAAAAGAUUUAUUAUGCUACGACCCUUGGCGUGCCGUUUCCACGCAAAGGAGAAAUUAAGGGUUACCUGACGCCGCACAAGAACGGGGUCAAGCUUGAUGCCACGCCGCAAAACAAGAAUUCAGUUUUUAGUCACACCCGCUAUCAGGUUGUGGACGCUUUGGAUCGUGAGGCCGCUCUGGUGCGGCUUGAACCCGUAACCGGACGGCGCCAUCAGCUGCGCGCCCACCUGGCACAGGGGCUCCGGACGCCAAUUCUGGGAGAUACGCAGUAUGGUGUGGGUUGCAGCAAUGCCCUUCGGCCGCUCCUCUUUCCGACCAAGGGACGACCAUCAACCAAAGUGGUGGUCGAAGGCCUUCCCAUGAUGUUGCAUGCCUUUGAAUUGGUGAUUCCCGAUUAUGCAACGCGCCUACAGGCCGUGGCUGAACCCCUUCUACAGCACCGCAUUGCCGGAGCAGCGGCAACGGCCCGGCGUCUGGCUGAGCAGGAGGCAGAAAGGACUGCUGGCUCCAAGGGCAAAUUCGCCCCCCAGGAGGAGGCUGAAACAGCCCAGACGGAUGCACGCCCUUUGACUCCCGAGGAAUGGGAGGCCUUGAAGCAAGAUCCCCUGGUGCAGCCCUUACUGGCUGACAUGCUCGAAGACGAUACGCCAAAAAGAGGUGCAGUAACCCACGACACAUCCAUGCUAGAGCUCGCCAUUGACGACCCUGAACUGAGAGCCGUGCUGCAAGACGACAAUGGUGUGGCGCACGAGCUUGAGACUCAGCUUCGAAGUGCGCCAGCCACGCUCCGCGUGCGCGCACCGCUGCCCGAGGCCAUGGUGGAAGCCCUGCACCAGCUGAAUCUGUGGGAUGCAUCCCUCCGCCAGUUGCACCAGCACACCCGGCGACAGCAACGCUACCAACGCAAACCUAACAUCAAGGCGCGUCGCCCCUCAUAUAAUUGA